AUGCCUGAGACAGCAAAAUUUCGAGCAAAGGGGUUACAAAAUGCAGACCAAUUAGAUAUUCUUUUUAAAGAUAUUGAAGUUACGGAAGAUGGAGCAUGGGCUCCAUCUCAAGGAUUUGUACCUCAAAGUACUGAAGGCAAUUCAUCUAGAUAUGUAGGAGAAAAUGAUGAUACAUAUAAGGAUAUGGAGCAUAAUAAUACGGAAUAUUCGAUACAUACUGUUGAGGAUUACACUCAAGGGAAAGGAAAGAAAAGAAAAAGAAUAGGAUCAAAAGGUAAUGUUGCAAAUAAACUUUGUAAUCAGUUGGAACGUGUGUGUGGAUCAAUAGAUAAUAGGAGAAGAGAUCUUCCAGGUUGUAGUAUUUUUGAAGUGAUGAAUGUUUUAUGGGACAUACAUGAACUUAUAAAAGGUGAUGAACUUUUCAUGAAAGCUGCAGAUAUCUUUACAAAAAUGGAAAAUAGAGAAAUAUUUGUAGCGCUACAAGAACCUGAGAUUCAAGUUGCAUGGUUGAAGCAAAAGAAAGUUUGA